UUGUCAUUUGUGUGUCCAUGGUUCGCAGGAGCUUCUUCUUCCAUGGCCAAAAUAGCACAAGUGAUGAUCCCUGAAACAUCACGAUACCAGCUUCUUCUGUCAUGUCCUUCUGGCCUCUCUCUAUCUCAGGUCUCCGUGGAUUUCUCGAAAUCGCAUGAUCGGAUUCCACAUCCAGAUCCUGAUCUAGAAGAUUCCAUUGCGCAGGUUUGGGAGGAGAGAACACAGGGGAAUUCAUCAUUGUUCAAUGGCCAAAAAUUCAGAUAUGGAUCAUAUUGUUUAGAUGGUGAUGGUGAUGGCGAUGAAGUACCACACGUCUGCCUUCGCCUUGGACUGACAGAUUACAGGACUUUUGUAGGAACUAAUUUGAGUUCUCUGUGGGAGCGGUUCCUUGUUACAUCAGAAGAUGACUCUGUAAGAUGUCGACAUACAUCAAGUCCACUGGGUAAUGGUGCAGUGAUCGAGACUUCUGACAAAAAGAUUAUUGUGUUACGCCGGAGUGAUAACGUCGGGGAAUUUCCAGGUCACUACGUAUUCCCUGGAGGCCAUCCAGAGCCAAUAGCAGUAGGUAUCGAUGAUUCUCAUCAGCUUCAGAAAGAUGGUGAAACCAGUGAGCUUCUAAACAAGAAGGUAGCUCAAGAAAUGUUUGAUAGCAUUAUCAAUGAAGUUGUCGAAGAAACUGGAAUACCAGCAUCAUCUCUUAGCUCUCCUCUCUUCAUCGGAAUAUCUCGGAGGGAGCUAAAUGUGAGACCAGCUAUGUUUUUCUUUACCAAGUGUAGUCAUCAUUCAGAUGAGGUACCAAGAUUAUACUCUAAUGCUGAAGAUGGGUUUGAGUCAACACAGCUCCACACUGUCUCUAUGGACGAGCUGAAGAGGAUGACAUCAAGAAUGCCAGGUUGCCACCAUGGCGGUUUUGCGCUCUAUGAGCUGAUGCUUCAACGUCUCAAGAACACUAAUGAAACCCUUUUUACAUCGACCUAAGAGGAUUGAACUUGAAACUUAUUGUAAGUCGUCUUAUGGCUUGCAAAUAAUCACCAUAUGUUUUGUAUGUUGGAUAAGUGAAUUCAAUAGCUCAUUUGCUAUUUGAGAAUCUAAAAUAAUUGUUUAGCGACAAGUUGUUUGUAUUGUCAUUACUAAAUUCCUUAGUUA